UCCGAUUAUUUCGCACGCCGACCGACCGAAGUUUUGCAAUAAUGUCCUCGCCAACAGUAAACAAAAUAUCAACUCACGUUCCUUCAUUGGAUGAAGUAGUAAAAGUAUUGAAUGAUGGACUGAAGAAAAACUUUACAAAUGUCUCGGUAUCUGUUGUGGAUUGUCCAGACUUAACACAGAAGCCAUUCAUGUUGGCCUCAUCAGGUUUGUGUGGAAAUGCUCGCUUGGCAGAUGUAGGAGGACCAGGAUUUCUUCUGCCACUUCCACAGAAGGACAAGAAGUUUACCUAUAGUCAGAUUGCUGAGGCUGUGGGACUGCCUGGUGCCUUUAUGAUAGGAGCAGGCGCUGGACCGUGUCAUAUUGUAGGGGUCAACAGCGAGCUGAUGAAAAAUGUCAAAAUGGAUGGUAAAGGUGGUGUGGCCAAAAUCAACUCUCACAUUGCUAAGGUUAACAGUCAGGAUGGAGGGUGUAUUCUGGAAACCAUUGAUAAGCCCGAGUUUUCACUGAUGGGAAAUUUUCUUUGUUCUGAUGGCCAGCCAGGAAAGGUUUUAGAGGUUAAAGCCAGUAACAGAACCGGGGAGGAGAAUUUUAUGUCCUCCAUGAGAAAGACAUUACAGUCACACUACGGAGAGAAGCCGGUGGCGCUAGGGGGUGUGUUCCUGGUGGAGAAAGGAAAGGCAAACUUACACAUCAUGCCAGACUUUUCAGACAAACCUUUGGACUCCCAAGAAAAAGUUAACAGCUGGUUAAAGUUCUAUGAAAUGGAUGCCAUUCUGGUGUGUGUUGGGGAACUAGUGUCACAUGACCCUGGUUAUGACCUGAGAGUUGAGCAUUUCCAUUGCUUCAGUGACCAUGGACAGGGGGGUCACUACCACUUUGAUGUCACCCCCGGGGACGUGGAAUACAGAGGGUACUUUGUCUUGGCAGAAUCUAUUUAUAGAAUUGACCAGCCUGUACAAACCACUGAACUUGGAAGGUGAAGGAUGUUAUAAUCUGUUAUCACUUUGUUAUCCACUUCCACAGUGCUGGUUAGGUUAAGGCAUAUUUGAUUCCUUAUGUACCGGUAAUAUUUUUUAAAUUGUAGAAUCUGUGAUUUAUUCUGUGAUUAGUGAUUGAUUUGUGAUUGAAUUUUUUUUUUAUUUGGAAACUGGUCCUGGUCGGUGUAUUAACCAAUUGAAAUCUUGCUCAAAAUAUUACUCUUUAUGUGUAUUUAGUUUUAUAUGAUCAGUAUGGAGUGAUCAGCCUGAAGUCCUGGAGUGUAAGAAUAAAAUACACCCAAAUAAAUACAAUAAUAUGAAUGAAAGGCCCUAAGUUUUAUGUCCUAGGGCUUAUGAAGUUGUUGCUUAUUUGAUCAUUGUUUUAAGGUCAUAGUAUAUGUAUCAUCAGUCACAGAAUAAGAUCUUGUGCAGAAUCUGUUGGCAGCUAUAAUCUGUAAGAUUACUUUGAUUUUUCUCUAAUAUUUUAAGUCUGAUUGAUUAUGCAAUAUUGUAGAUUGUUUAUUUUAAUGUCAACUUUAUAGUUUAAGUGUAACUUUUUAAACAAUAAUGUAUUUGUGCAAGAAAUUGAUAAUCAAUGACUUUUUUGACAAAU